UGAAAAAGUGAAAUAACUUGAAUAAUCCUUUUUUUAAAAUCAUCUUCUUUCUUGUUCUUAGAACUUCCUGUCGAUCUUCACCUUCAUUUUUUCAAUCAAUCAAAACUUACUGAGUAGUAGUACAUACAACCCACACACCCACCCACGAAAAUACUCAAACCCACUUAACAACAAACACAACUGCGCAUUCUUAUAUUCCUAUAUCACUUCGACUCUUCUCACCAAUCCCAUUCAUCCUUUCAGCCUCACCGUAGAAAGUAAUAGACUUAUACAGACUUCUUCCUCUUUCAAGAGAUCCCCAUUCUUCGAUCAGGUUCAUACACACCCUCCUUUCUUUCAUUUUGCUCACAGCCCUAAAGCUCUAACUCUUUGGAUCCACCACUUCUUACGUGACGACUACAGAUCAUCAGAAUACAUAAAUCUUUCAUCUCGAAAGUUUUACACUUCAAGUUUAAUCAAGAACCUAACUGAUUCUCAACUUCUUCAAUUAAACUUUCAAUUCAAUCUUUUUUUUUUUUCAUCAUGGGAUGUUCUUCAUCAAAGUAUCCUGCCGAUAAUGAUGCUAAUCAACGAAGCGCAGCCAUUGAUGCUCAAAUCAAAAAGGAUCGUAAUAAUGCUAGAAAAGAAAUUAAGAUCUUAUUACUUGGAGCUGGUGAAUCUGGAAAGUCAACACUUGUGAAGCAAAUGAAAUGUCUUUGGGAUAGGCCUUAUACAGUUCAAGAAAGGGAAUCGUAUCGAGAAAUCAUCUUUGCAAAUACCAUUACUUCUAUUCAAGUUGUUCUUGACGCUCUUCCUGCAUUACAAGGUAUCGAAAUACCUGCUGAAGUAGGUGAUGCUGAGAGGAUCGAUUUACUACUCGCACUUCCUGCCGAUGCACAUGACACCGAUACGCUCGAUCCAGAAGUGACUAGUGCUAUUUAUCAUCUUUGGUCUCGAAACGGUCUUAAACAAGCUGUUUCACUCAGUCAUCUCUAUCAACUAAACGACUCUGCACCUUAUUAUUUCGAUAAUAUUCAAAGGAUCGGACAACCUGGUUAUAUUCCUACAGAACAAGAUAUUGUUCGCUCAAGAGUCAAAUCUACAGGUAUUUCGGAAAGUACUUAUAAUGUGGGUCAAUUGAUUUGGAAAGUAUUUGAUGUGGGAGGUCAACGUUCUGAACGAAAGAAAUGGAUACAUUGUUUUGAAAAUGUGAAUGUGUUGAUCUUCUUUGUGGCCAUCAAUGAGUAUGAUCAAGUUUUGUAUGAAGAUGAGAGUGUCAAUCGAAUGGCCGAAGCUGCAACAUUAUUUGAUUCGAUCUGUAAUUCCCAGUGGUUUCGUCAAACACAGAUGAUUCUCUUUUUUAACAAAAUCGAUCUUUUCAAGGCUAAACUUGCUACCUCGCCUCUUUCACAUCGGUUCCCUGAGUAUCGAGGUGAUAGUUCAUAUGAAGCAGCCUCUAAAUUCAUUCAUCGCAACUUUUUACUACUCUCACGUGAUCCUCAGAAAGAUAUCAUCACUCACUUUACUUGUGCUACAGAUUCUCAGCAAAUCUCGGUCAUUUUGUCUGGUGUACAAGAAUCAAUUUUACGGAAAAACCUUGCAGCUGCUGGUUAUGUUUAAACCUCUUAAACCAAUCUCAUCAUGACUUUCAAGGUUAAUUGUUCAUCUCUUCUUCUUCUUCUUUCUCCUACUCUCUUUUCAUCAUCAAUAACAUUCAUUACAGAUAUACAUAUAUAUAUAUAUAUGUGUGUGUUUAAUCGAUCCCAUUUUUUUUUGGUUUUUGAAAGGAAUGGGAAUGGAAGGAAUAAAGAAGAAAUAAGAAAAAAAAAGGAUUUGUAGUAGCUUUGGUUUUCAGUUUGUUGUAAACUUGGCUCUUGGUUGAUUUCUUUUUUUUGAUUUCGAUACUUUUGGUUUCUUACUUUUCUUUCUUUGGUUUCUUUUCCUUUUUCUCGUCGUUUUUUUUUCCUUUGGUUUUUUGACAUCUAUUAUCUAAAUAAAACAUUACAUAACCUUACCUUACGAUUCUUUCUUUUUUUAACUCUACUUUUUAUUGUGUAUAUGUUCAAAGAGAGAGAAAAAAUCUAAAUUCUGUUUAUAUCUUGGAAUUACCUUUUCUUUUUUUCUUUUCUGUUGAUGUGAUGUGAUGUGAUGUGAUAUUUGAUGGAUUAUUUUGGAUAAUUUGCUAUUUUUUUUACAAUAAAAAACUUUUUUCUUUUGUUUUUUUUGGAAUUUAUAUAUGAUUUGAUUAUUUUCUUUG